UCCCCGAGUAGUAGAUGUAUCCCUCCGCGCUCCUCUCCUGUCCUCACGGUACCGCUCUCACCACCGCCAGCGCACAUUGGUAGACGCGAGAGAAACAACACAAGAGCCAGGAGCGUUGAUUUCGGGAGAGAAUGCCGGCGAUCAUCGGUAAAAACUCGGAGGACAUGGAGUUUGAUUCGCUGCAGCCGUGUUUCUACCCAGACGAGGAUGACUUCUACUUCUGUGGUCCCGACUCUGCGCCACCGGGGGAGGACAUCUGGAAGAAAUUCGAGUUGCUACCCACUCCGCCCCUCUCCCCGAGCCGCGCCGCGCUACCGGGAGACGCGACGGGAGGAGCGGACGGGAUUGUGGACCCGCUGGAUCCGCUGGACUGGGCUUCGGAGCUGCUUCUUCUCCCCGGGGACGAUAUUUGGGGCGCCUCGGACGACUUGGACUUGUUCGGGACCGAUUUGGAUACGGCGGCGAACGCGAACGGCAUCAUCAUCCAGGACUGCAUGUGGAGCGGGUUCAGCGCCAGGGAGAAACUGGAGAGGGUGGUGACUGAGAAACUCGGCAGGGCUAUUCACGGGACCUCGGUUACGACUGUUGCAGCGGCGAGUACGACCGGCACGACCGCGGCGGCACCGGGUGGAGGAGGCGGCGGCGGCGGCGGCGGAGGAGGAACCAGGAACGCGUGCGUCAAAGCGCCCGAAGUGAUUACGCGCAGCUCGGUGCCGGAGUGCGUGGACCCGGCGGUCGUGUUCCCCUUCCCGGUGAACAAGAAGAACGGAGGCGUGGACGCAGCGACGAGCGCGGACGCCGCUUCCACGCACGGGAGCGCACACAGCGACACCGAAGACGAUGACGACGACGAUGACGAAGACGCCGAGGAGGAGGAGGAGGAGGACGAGGACGACGAGGAGGAGGAAGAAGAGAUCGACGUGGUGACGGUGGAGAAGCGGCGCGGCGUCUCCGUGGUGACCCUCUCCGCCAGACCUUCCGACCAGCGCUCCGCCCCGUCCUCCCACCGCUUCGUGAGCCGCGCGCCGCAAGAACUCAUCCUCAAGCGCAGCUCCGUUCACCAGCAGCAGCACAACUACGCCGCGCCCUCCCCUUACGCUUCCGACGACGACCACGCCCCGCCCGCCAAGAAAACCAAAUCGGCCGACGCCCCUCGACCCCCGACCCGGACCAACUCCUCGUCCUCCACCUCCUCGUCCAUCUCGGGCCGAAGCAAGCGGUCGUCCAGCGGCGAGAGCAGCCCGCGCGCCAUGGCCACCGGCUCCGACUCGGAAGACAGCGAGCGCCGGCGCAACCACAACAUCCUGGAACGCCAGCGCCGCAACGAUCUACGCUCCAGCUUCCUGACGCUACGGGAUCACGUGCCGGAGCUGGCCCACAACGAGAAGGCGGCCAAGGUGCACAUCCUGAAGAAGGCGACGGAGUACUUGAGCGCUCUGGAGGAGGAGGAGCUCAGGCUGCAGCAGGAGAAGGAGCGGCUGCAGGCGCGGAGGCAGCAGCUCAUGCGCAGGCUAGAGCAAAGUCGGACACGCUAAAAAGUGGAGACGUUAACCGCUAACACACUCAAAGUAGCUCCCCCUUGCGCUGCGAAGAGUCUCAUCGAGCGAAGUUUGAAUGACUCGCGAACCUUGAUUUGAGUAAUUCGCACGUGAAGUUAAAAAUCUACCAGUGGAACGAGAUUUUUGUGCUUAAAACUAGGGAUGCACCAAUACCGAUCUUGGAAAUUUAACUUGCAUCGUGAAAUCGGUUCAGUCGAUAUCCUGGUUGGGCCUUUAACUUGACGUUUUAGGACUUUUUCAGGCAGAUUUUUAUGACGUUUAUUCAUACAAAUCUGUAGUUUAGUUACUUGCAAGAUAAAUUACGUAAUUACAACACAACUGGAUCUACUUUGCAAUAAGUUUACCGUUUUUUUGGAAGGAAAAUGACAUUCUCAGAACCUACAUCGGUCAAUAUCGUGCAUCCCUACUGAAAACGUAGUUCACUUGCAGACUUCAGCCAAAACAACAAGUCUUCGCACUUAAAACAAGAAACUAAAUCUUCGCUUUGGUUAAGUAAAAGCUUUAUUCCACCGGUAGACGCUUUGACUCGCGUUGAAUUUACUCAAAACAAGUAAAACGUCAUUGGAACUCGCUUCGAUGUGACUUUUUCAGUGUUACCGGAUGACCCCCGCAACCGCAGUCUCUUUAAGCAAUCACGAAAGAAUGUAGAAUGUACACAGACUGUCCGAACAUGGGGCUGUGUCCAAAAUUAAUCAUUGGUUUUCACGGAAUGUAUUAUAAUAACUGUAUUGGUGUCCAUUUUUUAAGCUGACCCUCAAUGCCCUACUUACGUUAUGUUAAAGAAAUCAAAUCAAAAAGUGAAAAUCUUCCACGAUCGAAUCAGUUUUGCAGUUUGAAUUUGCACAAAUGUCAAAUUUAUGGGAAUUUUGUCGAAUACAUUUCUGUUUUUCGGGGCCUCCUUUUCCAAAGAGGAACCUCGGAAUUGCCCUCGUUUUUCUAACUCUAAAGAAGCUGGAAAAAUUGCUCAAAAAUCAAGUAUCUUUUAACGUAAUUAGGGCAUUGAAGGACGGUAAAUACUAGGGAUGUAACAAGAAUAACCAAAAUAUCCUGGUAUUGUUUUGUCAAAGUUCUCAAAAUAACAUCGUGGAGCAUCACAAUUUAUCGAAUUACAAGAGUUAUGGUGCUGCAAAACUCCAAAGACCAUGAUCCUUUGCUCCAUUUCAGAGCAGACUACAAGAAGAAACAACAGUUCUAACCAUUUUUAAGUCUUAGUUCUUCGGAUUAAGUCUUGUCAUGGACUUUUAAGAGGAAAAAGCGGUUUUAUCAUCGCAAUAAAUGUCGUACCGAGAGAUUUGGAUAUCGUUACAUCCCUAGUAAAUACGUUUUAAAUCAUUGCGUAAAUACUAAUGUUUGAUUUUGGGCACGGUAAAAGAAGUCACUUAUCAAUGCAUGGACGAUACAGCCAAUGGCCUUUUCAGCGUUCGCGAAACCGGCGACGCGAACUGGCCGACUUUUUUUUUAUAUAUAUCUCCAAGUGCUCACGUUUCUCACUUCUCAGAGGACUUUUUCCCACGUCGAUGCGCGGACGAAACAGCCGACGGCGUUGUUAAACUCUUGACUCCGCGACCCCCGGCUGUUUUUCCCGCAUAUCUCCAAGUGCUCACGUUUCUCACUUCUCAGAGGACUUACCCACGUUUCGACUGCAACUAGGGGCCCUCGGCGGGGGUCCGAAGGGGGACUCGAUCUCGGACUGUCACUGCAGACACUUUUUUUGCACAUUUGUUGACGUUAAGAAUGUUUCGGAGUUUUUUUUUUUACUGUUGAUUCCCCAAAAUCCACACAUCGAGGAGAGCGACGGAAGCGAGCGACAUCUAUGAACUGUUGUUUUUGUUUAGUUUUUUAUCGGAAGUCUUCCAUUGAACUCAUAUAAUUUUUGUAUCUUGGAUGUUUUUUUAAAAAUGAGUUUUUUAUUGUAUUCACUGUGACACCAGCCUGGAUUCAGGGAAAUUUAAAAAAAAGGUGUUAUAGGGCACUUUGCUUGGAGAGUUCACUUACUUUGCCUUCACCACUGCAAGAAAAAACUUAAAUAAAUGCGCAAACACGUUAAAUUCUGUACCUGAUUUUCGUAAAAAACAAACAAAAACGUCGACGGAACCAGUUUGCAGUGGUCCAAAGUUUUCCCUCGCUUUUCAUUUUAUGCAUUCGGAGCGUCUUAAUCCUUCGCCCCAAUGAGUUUUUUAAGCGCUUUUCAGGACCGUCUCGGAAACAGUAGCGGCGACUAGCAGGCUAAAAGCGCACUUCCUGAUCCUCGAACAGCAGAACGCUUUAAAAUCGUACGCGGACAGUACUGCGGGGGGACUCGUUUUGACCUCGAGAGCUGCUUAUACGAUACAUCCGUACACUUUUCGCUCAAAUACAUACGAAGAAAAUCAGGUACAGGGAAUUUUUAACGGUGAAAUACAGAAACAGUAAGAUUUUUGUACACUUCUCUGGGUUAGAAUAGCCACUCUCUCUCUCCUCACUCCGGUGCUGUGGGCGCGUUUGUACUGUGCACCUUUUUACCGACACUUUUGUAAAUACCAUUAUUGUAAAUAUCAUUAAAGGAGCUAUAUUACGCUGUUUUCCGAUCGUUCUAAUGUCAUUUCCUCGUCGCAAACAGACUUGAAGUUGGGUUUUGUUUCGUUUAAAUGCGCAAACCUUGCAUGUUUGGUUUAUUAGAGCUCUUCCCUCAAACCGAAACCACUCAAUUCCACGUCGCGAUGUCACUAAAUGGCAACACGUCGCUAGAAUUACUUGGAUUAUUGGAGUUAUUAACCUAAAAACUUCCAAUUCGUGACAUGACAAGGUGGAACGGAGCAUUUUGUGGUUUGGAAAGAGUUACUCAAACGUGCGAAUGAAACAAAACGCGACUUCAGAUCUGUUUUUGAGGCGGGAAUGACAUUAUAACGCGAUAAUUUGGCGUAAUCUAGAACUUUUAAACCAACUCCACUCAGACCUGCCUUGUUUUGUAAAUUUUUUGAUCAUUUUUUUUUUUAAUACGUCUUCUUUAAGCUGCCAAUAACUAGACUGGAAGUUUAUAUACCUUUAAAGUACUGUAAGCCUCGAUUUUCUGAGAGUUGCGAUAACUUUGUAAUAUACGGAUAUGUUUAAUAUUAUGGUAUGUUCCUCCUCCUAUUCCUUUGUAUUGUACCAUAUUACUAAUUCUACACGAUUAUGCUUUUAGUGUGACGCAUACUAAAUUUGAUACUUAUAUUUUCGUAUGAAAAUGAGUUCCGGGUAGAUAUCACUUGUGUCCUCCAGAGUGCUUCUUUUGUACAGUACAUGGCCCUGGCUCUUGACGCUCCUCUGUUCAUAUGUGUAAGUAUCAGGUGCAUACAGACUGGGUAUACAGAUAUAAGAUGUUUUUUUGUUUUCCUUUUUCAUUUUUUUUUUAAAUAUGUGUAAAUUUAGUGCUGCAACUCAUAGCACUUUGAAAUACCUCAUUUUGAAAAUAAAUAGACUUAAAAUGUU